UGCACAGCAUGAACGCCAUGAAACAGAGUCCUACAAUGGUGAACCUCCUCUUCCACUUUGAUGCUUUUGCUAUUUCCACCACCUGUAUGGCAGGGUUUGUGUCCAGGGCAAUGGCGCCAUUGCCUUCCAAGCUGCUGUCUUUGCCAGACGUGCUGGCCUCGCUAGUGUCAUCCGAAGGGCUCCUCUGCACCUCGGCAUCUGGCCGGCCAGAGGAUGAGGGGGCUGCAGGUGGGGGCUUGCGCUGCUGUAUUUGCCCGUGCUGUGAGCCACACGUGCUUCUACUGCGCGAGUGUCCUUGCCCGGACGUGAAUGUGCCAUGAGUUGUGGUCCUAGUCACCGAGGCGAUGCGUAGUCUGCAUUUGAGAUUUGCUACAGAGCAGGAGAAUGGUCUCUGCUGCAAAAGCACAUGGCGUGGCAAGUAGCCACAGAAAGCCCUCAUUGGGUGGCGGCAGUAUGAUCAAUUACCCCUCUGUAUUCCUAGUCCUGCAAUAUGAUGUUAGCAGCUACAGUAUCUCUUGAAACAUUCUACUUAUAGAUAAUAAGAGGCCAGGAUUGAUAGGCAGCUUGCUGCUUCCUAAGUCGAGAUAUGCAGUGUCUCCGUCGUUUAGACAAGUGACAGCGAUGCAAUGACAGGAAACAGAAAACUG